AUGGUUGGAAGAGCCUAUUAUGACACUUUCAGGGGGAUCAAGGACACAGUUUGGCACAAGAUUAAUAGUUGGGAAAAUCAGUUCCUAUUCCCUACUAGCAAAGAAGUAUUACUCAAAGCAGUUAUUCAGUCCAUACCUACAUACCACAUGAGUGUGUUCAGGUUGCCUAAGAGGUUGUGUAAGGAAAUAUCUAGUAUUAUGACCAGAUUCUGGUGGGGUUAUAACAACAAUGAGAAAAAGAUUCAAUGGGCUAGUUGGGAGAAGAUGGGUUGUGCAAAGAUGGUUGGGGGUCAUGGUUUUAGAAAGCUAGAAAGUUUCAAUACUACUCUCUUAGCAAAGCAGUGUUGGAGACUUGUCACUAAACCAGACUCUAUUGCAGCUAUGGUGUUAAAGGCUAAGUAUUACAAGAAUUCUGAUGUGCUGAGUUCUAAGCUAGGCUAUUGA